GUGGUGCUUAGUGCGCAGGCGUGCUGCCGGCCCGGACGCGAGUAGCACUAGCACGUUGGGGCUGCAGCAGGAUCAUGGGCUGGGAGGAGAAGGCGGCGCGCGGCUAUAGCGAGUUCGUGCAGGCGGCCCAGCAGAGCCGCGGCCGGCCCGUCUUCGCCUUCUUCUCCGGGGACAAGGAUGCCCAGGGCCGGAGCUGGUGCCCGGACUGCGUCACUGCUGAACCAGUCGUGCGGAGUGAAUUAAAUAGCCUGCCUGAUGGAGCUGUAUUCAUAUACUGCCAAGUCGGAGACCGAGCCUACUGGAAAGACCCCAACAAUGAGUUCCGAAAGAAUCUGAAAGUAACUGCAGUGCCAACACUACUUAAAUAUGGGACACCUCAGAAGUUGGUAGAAGAAGAAUGUCUUAACAGAGAGCUUCUGCGCAUGUUGUUUACUGAAGAUUAAGUUUUCUCUUUAGUCAAUCAUUUAUCUAGAAAGUAGAUACCCAUUAUCUUCAAGCUGCUGGCCAUUUUCAUUUAAAGGAGCCGUCAUGUAUUGCCUUAUCUCCAUUCAUACUUUAAACUGUCAAGAGCAUUAGCUGAGUGACCAAAAUAAAUGCCAUGAAACUGCUGGUACAGAGCAUGGGAAGGGAUUUUGCAACACUAGAAAACUGACCCUUGUGCUGAAUUAAACUCGUACUUGCAACAAAUUGUGUUGAGCAAUCUUUUCAACAGGCUGAACACUCUCUAUGGAUCAAUAGAGGAAGUGUUUAAGAAACAGGCAGACUCAAUCAUUGGAUGGGUAAGGCCAUCUAACUUAUUGAAGGCUACUUGCAAGAAAAUACUUGCUUACUUCUUAACUUAAAUAUUUAACUAUCCUGUAGAAAUAAAGGUCCAUAGCUGUAGCUCAACACUACCUAUGACUGAAGUAAAAGUGCCUCUUUCCUUAGAAAAUAGGAAUAAGGGCAGACUGUGUUUUUUAACCUCAAUAGGUGAUUGUUUAUUAUUCUACAUUACUUUACGUACCACAUUACAAUGUCCUCUUUUGAUUCUCUACUUACAGGAGUGACUUAGUCUCUCUAUAAAGGAAUGCAGUCAGAAUGUCCAGUGGGCUACUCAUGGGGAAAUAGUGCAAGCCCAACCUUUGCAAAGUCUUUUUACUCUAACUAGAAUGAUCCCUUUACCAGACUCCCUCAACUGUCCUGCUUCUUAGAACACCUACCCCACCUGGAGAUUUUAAUUAAAAGUGGAAGAACCA